UUAAGCAAAGAUUGUUGUUUAUGGGAUGGAGUGAAGUGUGACGAGAUGAGUGGUCAUGUCAUUGAACUUGACCUCGGUUGCAGCCUGCUUGUUGGGGUGAUUGAUUCCAAUAGCAGCCUAUUCCAACUCUCUCAUCUCCAAAGACUCAACCUUUCUAUGAAUAACUUUGACGGUUCUCAAAUCUCGCCUAAAUUUGGCAGGUUUUCAAGCAUGACUCAUCUUGAUCUUUCCCGGUCAUAUUUCUCAGGUCAAAUUCCUUCUGAAAUCUCUCAUCUUUCCAAGUUACAUUCCCUUCUUCUCUACACAUUUUAUCUCAAUAAGCUAAGACUCGCAAGUCAUGAUUUUAAAUCACUCCUUCGGAAUUUGACCCAAUUAAGAGAGCUUAAUCUUAGAUCCAUAAACAUCUCUUCCACCAUUCCUCCAAUUUUUUCUUCUCAUUUAACAACUUUGAGGUUGGGUUGGACAGGAUUGUACGGGAUAAUACCCGAGAGUAUUUUCCACUUGCCCAACUUGGAAAGACUUGACUUACAUCACAAUGAUCAGCUCAAUGGCUAUUUUCCAAAGACCAAAUGGAAUAGUAGCGCAUCUCUCAUAGAGUUAGAUCUUACUGACGUGAAUUUUUCUGAUACUUUACCCGAGUCUCUUGGCAAUCUAACUUCGUUGCAGUCUUUGACUCUUCAAAAUUGCAACCUUAGAGGGCCUAUUCCCGGAUCUCUUUCAAAUCUCACCCACGUAGAGUCUUUGUAUCUAGGAGAUAACUCCCUGAAUGGAACAAUUCCGUCAUGGAUAUUCUCCCUUCCAUCACUAAGUUUAGUAUACUUGAGUAAUAACCAAUUUUCUGGUCAGCUUGAGGAUUUCAAGUCCAAUUCACUUGUCUGGAUUUACUUACAAGACAAUCAGCUGCAAGGCCAUCUUCCCACGUCAAUUCAAAACCUCGUGAACCUAACAACUCUUGAUCUUUCAUCGAAUAAUUUUAGUGGUAGUGUGGAUGUUAGCUUCUUUUCGAACCUCAAGUAUCUUUUAGAUCUUGGUCUUUCAUAUAAUCGUAUCACAUUGACCAAUGAGGAUAAAGUUAAAUCUACUUUGCCUGAAUCUCUUGAGAAGUUAGGAUUGGCCGCGUGUGAAGUGAAAGAAUUUGAGUUUCUAAGAUCCGCGAAGAAUCUCAAGGAGUUGGAUCUUUCAAAUAAUAAGAUUCAAGGAAGGAUUCCUGAUUGGGCAUGGUCUAAUUGGGAAUUUUCAGUGUCAACUCUUAAUUUAUCUCACAAUAUGUUGACAAGCAUGGACUCGAUUCCUCUUCAAUCUCUAGAUACUAUUGAUUUGCGGUCCAAUUUUCUCCAAGGGUCACUACCUAUUCCAGCUAUUUCCACGAGAUACUUCUUCAUAUCAGAAAAUAAUCUUAGUGGGGAAAUUCCUUCGUCUCUUUGCAAUUUGAUGUCACUAAAAAUGCUCGUUUUGGCAAAAAAUAACUUGAGCGGAGCAAUUCCACAAUGUUUAGGUAACAUGAGUUACAUUCUCGAGGUUUUGGAUAUGCACCACAACAAUCUUUCAGGGGCUCUUCCAACGACUUUUAGCAUUGAAAGUUCACUCAGAAGCCUCAACUUGCAUGGUAAUAAACUACAGGGGAAAAUCCCCCGAUCUUUGGUUAAUUGCAAAAGGUUGCAAGUACUUGAUUUAGGAGACAAUCACCUCAACGACACAUUCCCAAUGUGGUUGGGGACUUUGCCUGAGCUGCAAGUUUUAAGCUUGCGAUCCAACAAAUUACAUGGGUCGAUUCAACCUUCAAGGGUUGCAAGUUUGUUUCCCCAGCUUCGAAUAAUAGAUCUCUCUUACAAUGCCUUCUCAGGAAACUUACCUACGAGUCUAUUUCAACAUCUGAAAGCCAUGAGGACGAUUGAUCCAUUGACAAAGUCACCAAGUAAUGGAAGAGAUGGAUAUUACCAAGAUUCAGUAGUUGUGGUAACAAAGGGAUUGGAGCUUGAAGUUGUGAGAAUCUUGUUUCUGUACACUACCAUUGAUCUUUCUAGCAACAAAUUUGGAGGACAUAUCCCUAGUGUUCUAGGAGAUCUCAUUGCACUUCGGGUGAUGAAUUUGUCUCAUAAUGGAUUACAAGGUCAUAUUCCAUCAUCACUUGGAAAUUUAUCUGUAGUUGAAUCAUUGGACCUUUCAUUCAACCAACUUUCAGGAGAGAUACCAGAACAACUCGCUUCUCUUACAUAUCUCGAAUUCUUAAGGCUCUCCCACAAUCAUCUUGUAGGAUGCAUCCCUAUAGGACGUCAAUUUGCUACAUUUCAGAACAAUUCAUAUGAUGGUAAUGAUGGAUUGCGUGGAUUCCCUGUUUCAGAAGAUUGUGGAAGUCGCAAGAUGCCAAAGAGAAACAACACAACACAAGUGUUGAAUCAAGAAAGCAACUCCACAUUUCUAAGUGAAUUUAGGAAGACAAUUCCUAUGGGAUAUGGGAGUGGACUUAUCAUUGGACUCUUCAUAGCAUAUUUCAUGCUUUCGAGUCGAAAUUCCAAUUGGCUUUCUAGGAUCACUGAAGAACUAGAAUACAGAAUCGUUAUGAGAAGGCGAAAAAAGAAGCAGCAGCGAGGCCGUCAAAGGCGGCACUAAGAAUCCAGUUGGUGAAAUGCCUCAUUGGAGAUGCAAUA